UUUGUUCCCGCCAAAUGAAACGUCAAAGUCAAAUUUAGUCGAUUUGUUUUGAGGUUGUUCAUGUAUUUUGUGCAAGUUAAAAUAGUUUAAUAAUUACGGAUUAAAUCACAUGCGAUUAAUUUAGAUAAAAAUGAAAAUAGAUAGUAGACCCCUAAGAUAUGCUCAUGCAGAGGGUUAUACGGAUGUUUGCUACACUGAAGACGGACAGCAUAUAAUUACUUGCGGCAAUGACGGAGAUGUUCGAAUAUGGGUUGACAUAAAAGACGACGAUCGUAACUCCCAUUGCGUUGGAGAGAGCGCGACAGCGGUGUGUUUUAAAGACAAGAGGCUGUAUGUGGCUACUGAUAAUCAUGCUGUACAAGCUUACACAUUCCCGGCUUUCGACAAAGACGGUAUUGUCACUAGAUUUACUGCAUCGGUAACACAAAUUAUGACAAGCACUAAAAGUGAGGUCGCAUGGAUUUUGAGCCAUCUGAGGGCAGGUACCUGGCUUACCCCAACAACAGGGAAGUGACCUUAUUGGAGUAUGAGACUUGGGGACAAAGGAUGACAUUCACACACAGCUCAAUAAAAUGUGCAAUAUCCCAAUGUCGCUUUUCACCAUGUGGUCAAUAUUUGGCGGCAAGCACCAUAGCCGGGCAGAUAGCGGUGUGGGAAGUACAGUCCGGUACUUGCACGGGCAUCAUCGAGCAUCCCACAUCACAUAAUGUUACAGCGAUAGCAUGGAACCCUAAAGGAAAUGGUGUGUUGGCGUAUUGCGAUGUGUCCGGGCAGCUGGGUGCACUGAUGAAUUGCUAUGGCAAGGACAGCAAGGCUGAUGCUGAUGCGCCUGACGAUGUUGAAAUGGUGGAGAGAGCUGAUGAUGGUAAUGACUUGGACAAUUUGAUCGAAAACUAUAACAGUGACGACGAUGACAACGCGAUAUCGCUAGAGAAGCUCAAGAAUGAAACGCUAGGGUUGGGGACAGUGAGAGACGAAGACGAGUCAAGACCCGUGUCGCGGCACGAGCCGGCGGCGACCACGGUGCCGCCGCAGGCGCCGUUCCAGCUUUCUGCGACCCCGGGACACCUUGAACAUAGAUACAUGUGCUGGAACGACAUCGGCAUAGUCCGAUGCCACACGCAGGAGAACGGCGAGUCGACCAUUGACGUAGAGUUCCACGACACCAACCUCCACCACGGGAUCAAUCUCAACAACUACCUGAAUCACACCAUGGCCAGCCUGUCUGCGAGCGUGCUGGUGUUGGCCUGUGAAACGUCUAGGUUAGUUAGGCCCAUUUGUAUCAUUCCGCCAACCCGGGGUUAACCGGUUAAACCUGGAGUUACCAUGGUUAUUUACCAGUACAAUUUGACACUAGGUUAAU